AUGGUUCAAUUGGGUUGUUAUUUGUUGUUGGGUGGUGGCCUUAAUCCAAAAAGUUGUAGAAAUGAAAUCAUCCAUUUCAUACACGAUCUUUCUAAAAAUCAUUUAUGUUCUCACUCCAUCUCCCCUGUGAAUUUGUGUAUGCUCCGUUUUAUAAUAGAACAAUCAAUUAGUAAAAUGAGUACUCUAUUCGAGUUCUAUAAAAAGAAUCUAAAGCUUAGCAACAAUGCGACCUUCAUGCAACUCAUACAACUAGAGAGCAUUCAUGUACGUCUAUACUUUCCUAAAUCAAAUUACGUCAGUAACAAGAUUUUAGAAAAACUAUAUGAUCUCUUCAUUAUGAGCACUGUAUCAGAUCCCGAGGGUCGUAGGACAAGCAAAGGAAUUGUAUUUAACGGAAGGAUUGACAGAUCACGUCUCAAUGAUCUACAUGUUUACUGUAGUGAGAACCUUUCGAUAAAUAAACCUAGAAAGAUUGUUGCCUAUUUCCCUUCUUUCAACUUUCUAAAAGUAUCAGCAAUAACAACAUCAGACAGCUCUAAAGCAAUUAAAGAGGAUGAAUUCAAGAAGAUAUACAAGAAGAAUCAUGCUCUUUUUUCACAUGUCUCCUCUCUGCUACCCACCAAAGACAAUACCACUAAACUAUACAAAGCAUCUACAUGGGUACUCUACGAGAAAGAUGUCAUCAUUUCUGACGCUGACUACAAAGACGAAGAAUCGGGUUAUACUUCAACUCUAACCAAAUACGUAGAACCUACACAAAGAACUUCUUCUACAACUACAACAACAACUUCAACCGAUAAGAAGAGAAAUAAGAAGAAGAACGACACUACAACAGUUAGACAAAGAGAAGUUAAAGAUUCAGAAGAUACAAAUCAAAACAAGAGAACUCAGGCUCCAGCAGAAACUAAUCACGUCACAAUCACCUCACUCAACUCAUAUUUCAACAAAAAUAAUAAUAAUAAUAAGAUAAUAACUACUUCAAACGGUCAAGGAACUGGGGUUGCAAUCAUCUCUCAUUCCAAGCAUAUCAAUCUAUACCCCUCUCUCAUCGAUCCUAAUGGAAGAUUCAUUCUGUGUACUAUAAGAAUAUUCAACAAUAGCUUCAAUCUCCUACAUAUAUAUGCUCCAGCAAGCAAACCAGAGCAAAGAUUGUUUGCUGAUCAACUCUUCAACAACACUUCUCUUUGGUUACCAAACCAUAUAGACAUUUGCACUGGCGACUUUAAUUGUAUACCAGGAGACAGCUCACCACUAUCAACAAUAUUAGAUUUCCUCAGCGAUGAUCAUGAUCUUAUUGAUCUAGAUAGUACAAACAACAGCAGCACUUGGAAACGUGGCGAUACAGAAAAGAGAUUAGACAGAAUAUAUUGCAAAUUUACAAUAGAAACAUCCAACUUCCAACUACACCCUAGAGCACUAUCUGACCACUCACCAAUCACAACAAACAUAAAAAUCACACCACCACAACUAUCACAAACACAGUGGAGACUCGAUAAAGAAACUUCACUAGAACCAGAAGUACAAUCACUUAUUAAUAACAUUAUCACCACCAACAACAUCAACAACAUAGAAGACUGGAUAAAAGUCAAAUCAUUAAUCAUAGAAUGCUACAUAAACUAUCAAAAGAAAAGGAAAAGAAUAAAAAGAAAUGCGAUAAUCAACUUACUGAAAACAAUAGACUCCAACCUCCCCAACAACAUCAUACAAUCAGCAAAAUUAGAUCUUAUCAAGUUACAAACAGAAGAAAGAAAUCUAAGAGAUUCAAUUCGCAAGGUCAACCAACAACUAAACGGUGAAAUCCCUUCUCGAUUAUUAACCGCUAAACUAGCUCAAUCCAAAAAAGAUACCAACAUCGUCGGUUUAAGAUUAAAUGAAACCACGGUUACAUCUAAUCUCGAUGAUAUGGUGAACAUCAUGGAGAAGUACUACACAUCGUUAUUCAGAAAUGUUCCUGAUGAUCCAACCAUACACAAUAGACUACUUAACGAAUGGAAAUGUGAAAUAACCGAUGACAGCAUUGCCAGAGAAUUCACAACCGAAGAGAUCACAGAAACUAUUAAUUCAUCCAACCCAUGGAAAUCACCUGGCCCAGAUGGCUUAGGACUUUGGUUCUACCGAGCCCACUGCGAUGUCAUUGCCCCUAUACUCACCAAACUUUACAACCAAUCACUCAACUCAGGCAAUCCAUUACCAAGCGAAUUCAAAGUAGGAACCAUCACAACUAUUUACAAGAAAGGUGAUAUAUUCGAUCCAGCCAAUAGAAGACCAAUAACACUACUCAACAACGAUUACAAAGUUAUCACCAAAGCAAUCAACAAUCGAAUGAAAACCUUGGUAGACCUAAUCAUCAACGACAACCAAACUGGCUUUGUACACAAGAGAUAUAUCAUGGACAACAUCAUCACGAUGAAUGAAAUAAUAGAAUACUGCAAACUCAGAGGAUUAAGUGGCUUAAUAACAUUAUUCGACUUCAACAAAGCCUUCGACAGCAUCUCUCACGGCGCUAUUAGAAGAACACUACAACACAUUAAAAUAGACAACAAAAUAAUCAACCUAAUAAUGAACCUUCUCACAGGUUCUACCGCCAGAGUAAUUGUCAAUGGAUUUUUAACUAACCCUAUUCCUAUCAACAGAGGAGUUAAACAAGGAGAUCCACUAUCACCAACGUUAUUUGUUCUAGUCAUCGAAUGUUUGGCCAGAGCCAUACUCAAUUCCAAAGCAAUCGGUCUUCCACUUAACGAUUUCAACACAAUGGUUAAAUUAUUACAAUUUGCAGAUGACAGUAGCACAUUUUCAGCAAAUUAUAAAGAUCUGAAACUAAAAUUAAGAAUCUUUAACCUGUUCUGCCAAGCCACAUCAUCCAAAAUCAAUCCCACCAAGUGUUGUAUCAUCCAAAUAGGUCCACCUUGCAGCGACCAUCUUCACCACCCCCCGAUCAUAGGCGACACAAGAAUACCAAAGUCAAUUGUCAACGAAAGAUAUCUCGGUCUUUUCUUUAACUCCGAAGGAUUACAUCAUUCACUUUCAUCAAUAGUCAGCGAAGUUAAAUCAUCACUGAUCAAAUGGAAGAAGUUUGGCACAACCCUAAGGACUAAAAUGUCAAUACUCAAGUCAUACACACUAUCAAAACUCUCUUACCACAUGUACCUUGACAAAUUCACAGAAUCAGAUAUCAAAUCACUCAACAAAAUAAUCACUUGGUUCCUAUGGUCAUCCAAUCUCAGACCUUUCGAAGAUGCAAAAUCAUUUAAGAAUACAAUGACACUCUCCAGAGCAGUACAUCAUUGGAAAAAUGGUGGCAUUUCAUUGUGGGAUAUGAAACUACGAAAUGACUCUCAACACAUUUGGAUACUAAAUAGAGUAAUUGCAAAUCAAGAUGUCUAUUCCCCAUACUACCAAAGCUGGCGUAACCAAAUUAGACAUAACAAGAUAACCUCACCUACACUCAAACAUUCCAUCCUUCUUUGGCAACAAUUUAGACCAAUUAUGAAAUUACCUCCACAUCAAAUGAAACCAAUAUUGCGUAAUGACGAACCACUACCACUUAAACUCAUAUACCACAACCUUAUCAACCAUCACCACAAACCAGUACUUACAUCAGGUCAAUUCCAACUAUCUCUUCCCCCCACCAAAAUAGACUUUACAUCAACCCGAAACAUCUUCUACUACAUUAACUCCAUCAAACACCACAGAGGUAGAAACACAGUAUUCAGAUUCUUCUCAAGAUCACUUCCUGGUAUGGCAUACAUCAAACAAGACAGUUGUAAACUAUGUUCAGCAAAUGACUUUGACCCACACACACAUUAUUUCUUUAAUUGUCGAGUCAUCCUAAACAAAUUCAACCUCAAACACAUCACACAACAUCUACAAAUUGCCAACUACGAAGACGAAUGGUCACUGGAAAAAUCUACUACUCACUUCUACCUCUGCGAUGAAUCAUCAGACCUAACAGCGAUAAUCUACCACAACAUUUGGAAACAUGUCAGUUCAAUUCUAUUCAGUCAAGAUGACAAAAUACUCGAUUUCUCCAACCAAUCUAUUAUAUCCGACUUCGAUAUCCACAGAAACAUUCUAAAAUUAAUAAACAACACUCCAACACCAGCCAACUAA